CAAAAGAGUACCUUGUAUAUUUGUUUUUAUAGCAUCAACUAGAACAUUGCCUUUUUGUGACUGUGCUCCUGUUAAUAUUUCUAAUGCUCCAUCUACUCCUAAAUGUAAACUUGCAGGAACAAAUAUCAGCUGUUACAAACGUGGUAUCUAUUUACUACUUUACGAGUGCAAAUCUAAAUGAACAAAAUUUAUGUGUAGUUUCAUCAUUUUUUGUUCUUCGUUGUUCUUAUAAUUAUCAUGGGAAAGAACAAACAAGCGCAACGAACGAAAAAUAAUGCAAGGCCAUCAAAUAGCAGUAGAAGUGCAGAAUUAUUAGGCACUUCAAUACCAAAUUUUGUUGGUUUCUCAGCUGUAAAAGAUGGAGGAUAUGUACCUGUAUUACCAGGUUUAACUCUUUGCAAUACUAAUGAAAUUGAAAUGAACAAUGUUGAUAGUAAUUUUCAAAUAGUAUUAAAGAAAAUGAAUAAGAAAGAUUCAACAACUAAAUGCAAGGCUUUACAAGAAUUUGCUAUUAUGUGUAAGGAUUCAGAAAUAUCAACUGUGGAAGGAAUGUUACCAUUUUGGCCACGAUUGUAUUGUGCCUUAGCAAUAGAUGUAGAACACAGAGUAAGAGAAGGUGCUCAAUUAGCACAUGCAGCUGUUGUAAAACGUGUAGGCAAGAAUAUAGCAUUAUAUUUGAAACAAUUAGCAGGAGCUUGGUUUACUUCACAAUAUGACACAUAUCCUCCUGCUGCAUCUACUGCUAGUAAUUCAUUUAAUGAUACAUUUCCAUCAAAAAAAAUUACUGAUGCUAUUAUAUAUUGUCAACAUGAAAUUGUAACUUAUAUCUGUGAUAACAUUACUGUUCAUAGUGCUCAGACUUUAUCUGUACAAAAGAAUCUUACUAUAGAGGAAAUGGAAGCAAAAUAUCAGAGAGUACUAAUAUCUAGUUUACAAGGAUACAGUAUUUAUUUAAAAAAAGUUCCUAUUCAAGAAAUUGAAAAAAUAUUUGAUAUUCAUAAUAAAAUUAUAAGCAGCAAUAAAUUUUGGAAAUUAGUUAAAAAUGAUGCUUUUCCAGUGAAAAUUGCUUUUUUUAAUGUAUUAACAUCAAUGAUUGAGAAUGCUAAUAUAUUAUUACAAAAUGAAAAAAAAAAAACUGUAACAACAAUCAUGAAUAAUCUUGAUGAAACAGAGCCUGCAUUGUUAUCAGCUGUAUGGGAAUCUGUGCUUGUUACUAUAAAUAAAAUAGAGGAUUGGUACUCUGUAGUAAGUAUUGAAAAAUUAGUGCUACCGAAAUUAUGGCGUAUUUUACGAAGUGGAGGACAAUGUUGCGCUAGUAUUGUUUAUCCGAAUUUAUUACCUUUUAUCAGUCAAUUUCCAAAAUUCAAUGUUGAUUCUUAUUACUUGUACAUAAAUUUUUUCAACAAUAUGCGACAAGGAUUUUCCGUAAAAAGUGUACAAAUAAGUCGUUCAGAAAUGCUGGCAGUAACGACAUCGUUUAUCGAAUGUUUGCGUUAUUCUGUUCUUUUAAAUGUUAAUAAUCAAGAUUUAAGUAAUAUGCUGCUCAGAGAACAGCUCAUACCAGCAUUAGAAAUGUGUUUAAAAGAAAAUAAUCAAAUGAAACAAAUACUUUUUUCUGAAAUUACUCAUUUAAUACGGUAUUGGAGUAAAAAUCGAUAUAAUCAUGAUUAUAAAUCUUAUUCGUAUUUGAUACAAGAGUUUUGGAAGAAUCUUAAUAUAUUAUUUGCUUCGCUUGUAGAUUCUAGCGAAAAUUCCGAAAUAUUUGAUAUUUCAGAUACAAAUAAUUCUCAAAUAGAAUUUUUAUUUACAUUAAAGACAGCUCCUAUGCAUACUCGUAAAAAUUUAAAAGUAAAAUUCUGUAAUACAGAAGAAAAUAUAAUAACUCAAUCCCAAAUACAAAAUAUUGAAAAUGAUGCUGAUACUGAAUUUCUUUCUGAACUUAAUAACUUCGUUAAUUACCUUUGUGUAAAAUAUUUUAAUCAAAUCACUGAAAAACGUGAAAAAAAAUAUAUUGCAUAUUUAAAUAAGCUUAUAAUAUGUUUUGAAAGCGAUGAAUUAUUUAAAAAUUUGUCUGAAUUUCUUAAAACACAUAUUAAUUUUCUUAAUUUCUGUAAUGAAAUUUUACGAGAUUGGUUACUGGAACAAUCAAAAGAAACUGAACAUAUAAUAGAAUUAAUUUUUAAUCUUAUGAAAUAUAUGAAUCAUUCUGAAAGAAACGAAAUUUUAAAAUCAUUGACAGAGUUUGAUGAUAUUAUAAUUACAAGAAAUAUUAUACAAUGUGCUUUAUCUAAAAAGCAUAGAAAUGAUAUUAUAAUAAAAAAAUGGUGUUCACAAUCUAAAAUAACUAGCUUAUUGAUAGAUAUAGCUAAAGAAAUUGCUUUAGGCAAUUAUUCUGAUCUUGAAAAGAAUCAGAAUCUUAUUUUAUUAGCUUUUGAACCUCUAGAUGAUGGCAAUUUAUUAGUAGAAGAAGAAGGAAUCAAUGAAAUUAUAUCUAUACUUUGCAAUUCAUUCUAUGAAAUAGAUGAAAUAUAUUUGUUAGAUUUCGCAAAAUUAAUUUCUUGUAUUGUUCCAUUAAUUUGGACUCACAAAGAAAUAUCUAAUGGAGCAAUAGAAAUAUUAAGUACACUUUUUGAAUUGCAUUCACAUGAUUAUUUUAAUAAUAAUUCCAUUUUUGUUAAUGCAAUGCGAGAUGUAUGGAAAAAAAGUCUUCUAAAAGCUAUUCAGAAACUUUCACAAUCAAGAUUUAUUGAUUUAACCAAAAAAUUUGCCUCUUCUAUGUGGAAGAAAAUAUAUAAUCAAAAUGAAGAAUAUAACAAAGAAAUAUUGAUAGACAUAGCAGUGGAUUUCAUUGAAAUUAUACUUGAUAAUAAAAUUUAUAUAAAGGAAGAUUAUGCAGAAGAAAUUAUUUUAACAUUUUUAACAGAUUCUGAUAUAAAAAUGUUAAUGGCUGAAAUAACUGGAAUAAUUUUAUAUGGUGAAGUAAUAACUGGUGAAUUAUAUGUAUCAUCUUUUGAACAAAAAAUACAAAUUCAUCAGAAAUGUAUAUCUAUUGAUAUAACUUGUAAUACAAUAACGGAUCAUGUUGAAAACUGCUUGAAAUGGGCAUUGUUCAAUAUAAAUUUAUUGAAUAAUUUAUGUUUGAGAUCUAUCAAUGAAUAUGAAACAGAAAAAUCCAGUAUUGAAAAAUUUUCAAUACAUGAUUUAAAUUUACCAGGAAUUAUAAAUAUAUUAAUUAAUAUUAUAUAUUCGAUUAUUUUAGGCAAAAGUUAUUCCAAAUAUUAUAAAUCUACUAAAUACUAUUACAAUGUGAAUAAAACUUUAACCAUUGUACAAGAUAGCUUUAAACAAUUACAAAUAUAUGUAAAUGAAAAUAUAUUUAAUGAUAUUCGUGAUUAUCUGAAAAUUAAUUUUUCAAAAUAUGGAAGUAUGUUAUCAUAUAUAAUAUAUUUCUGUUGUACUGAAUUAUAUUCUAACAAAGAACCUAAAGAAUUAUUUGAAAAUUAUAGAAAUAAUGAUAUAUUUACUAUAAAUGAAGAAAUAACGUUUCAAAGUUUGCAGAUUUUAUCCAAAUUUCAAAAUUUUGAAAAUAUUUCAAUACCAACAGAUAACGAUAUUUUUGAAUUAAUAAUAACAAGGAGUUUAUUGAUGAAUAAGCAAGAUAGUUCAACUUAUUCUAAUAUUUUAGAAAAAAUAAUAUCUUAUGAGAAAGAAAAUCCUUCAUUAUUAGUUCUUGAUUGUGAAAUCUCUCAAAUUUCAUGGGAAAAAUUAAAUUUACCUCUAGAACUUAUUAGAUUAUUAACAGAACUCAUAAAGAAAAUACCUUCUAAAUUAACAUAUGAACAUUGGAAUUUUAUUCUUAUAUCAUUAGUGUUAUGGCAACUUUCUAUUAUUAAAUCAAAACAAAAUGUUAAUGAUUUUAAAGUUUCUGCAUUAACAGUAGCUGUUUGUCAACUUUAUCACGCCCUUCAAAUUUUAAUUAACAAACAUGAACAGGAACAAAUAUCAGAUAUAUCACCAACAUUAUUAGAUGAGUGGAAAAAUGUUUUUGCCACUGAUGUACAAAAUGGAAUUAUUCAAUGUUGGAUGUUUUAUGCAGAAUCAUACAAUCAAAAAACAACAGUUUUGAAACCUGUUGUACUAUUGGAUUAUUUAGGAAAAGCAAUAAAAAUAUUGGAUGGAAAUAUAAUCUUCAAAAAUCAAUCAAAUGUAUCUCUUACAACAAUUGUUAAAUUAACAUCAAAAUUACUGCAAUCUCCUGUACCCAGUAUACAAUUAGGUGCAUAUCAUAUAUUAAAGCAUACAGUUCCAGUGCUUGUACAACAGGAUAAAACGACUGUUGAAUUGGAAAACUUUGAUAUAAAUACUUUAAACAUUAAAAAAAUGGAAGAUGUACUUCAGAAUACACAAAAUAUCGUAAAUACAAUUCUAAUGGAUUUUAAAUUAUGCGAUACUGUGAGUUGUACUAUUCAACCAUAUACAGAUUCUUAUACUUACACUAUUGGAUAUUUAUUAUCAUGGGCUAUCAUUCUAGAUAUGUGUGCAAAUGCUCAUGGAGAUUUGUUGUAUCAAUAUGCUGAAAUACUUAAAGAUAACUUUUUUCCUAAUUUAUUAAAUAAUAUUUUUCGACUAAUGCCCGUAGAAGUACUUCAAGAUAAUAAAAACAAGGGUACAAAAUUAAUGGAAAUAUUUUCUACCGAACCAUGUCUAGAUUUUGGUGAAAAUUGGACGGAAUGGAGGCUAGAUCAUAUCGUAUGUUGGUUAUAUACGAAUAGUUUAAGAUAUCUACCAGUAUUGGUAAGGCAAUGGUGGAGUACUGCUGAUAGUAGAGUCAGCGCUGCCGUGGAUAAGAUCACAACACAUUAUGUUAGUCCUAUGCUUUGUCAAGAGGAACUUCUCAAUAAUAAAUUACAAAAUAUUGAAAAUAUGCAAGUAAAAGUACAUCCAACAUUCCGUGAAGUGAUAGCUUUAUAUCAAAUGGAUGAUACAAAGUUAGAACUUAAUAUUACAUUACCAUCUAAUCAUCCUUUGGGACCAGUUAGCGUUGAACCUGGACAACACGCAGGUGGUACUGCGAAUUGGCGGAAUUGUCACAUGCAAUUGUCCAUAUUUCUUACACAUCAAAAUGGAUCUGUUUGGGAUGGACUUGCAUUAUGGAAAAGAAAUUUAGAUAAGAAAUUCGCCGGCGUUGAAGAAUGUUAUAUAUGUUUCAGUAUUUUUCACAUAAAUACGUAUCAAAUACCAAAAUUAUCUUGUCACACAUGUCGUAAGAAAUUUCAUACUGCAUGCCUGUAUAAAUGGUUUAGUACAAGUCAAAAGUCCACGUGUCCAAUUUGUAGAAAUAUAUUUUAAUCUAUUAUAUUAUUUAUAAACAAAAUUUGUAUUUGUAUUUAAAUAAAUAAAAUAAUAUCUGUACAUAAUAAAA